AUGGCCCAUUGUGCUGCCAUCGAUGAUAAAGCCGCCGCUCCAGCUGCCGCUGCCGCUGCCGCUGAAGAGAGCAAGAACGUGGAGAAGCGUGGUCUCCAUCUGGGCGACUAUCAUGGUCACCAUCACCAUGAGCACAUCAAGACCGUGACAAUUGAGAAGAAAGUGCCAGUGCCCUACACAGUGACCAAACAUGUGCCCUACACCGUCGAGAAGAAGAUCCCCUAUGAGGUGAAAGUGGAUGUACCCCAACCCUACAUUGUGGAGAAGAAAUAUCCGGUGGUUGUGAAGGAAUACGUCAAAGUGCCCGUCCAUGUGCCCAAACCCUACAUUGUGGAAAAGAAAGUCCCAUAUGAAGUGAAGGUGCCCGUCGAUAAGCCAUACGAGGUGAAAGUGCCCGUCCCAGAACCAUAUGAGGUCAUCAAGAAAAUCCCCUAUGAGGUCAAGGUGCCCGUGCCACAGCCCUACGAAGUGAUCAAGAAGGUGCCACAUGAGGUUAAAGUGGAAGUGCCCGUGCCCAAGCCCUACGAAGUCAUCAAGAAGGUGCCCUAUGAGGUCAAGGUUGAGGUGGAGAAACCCUAUCCCGUUGAAGUCGAGAAACCCUACGAUGUGGAGGUCGAGAAACCCUACACGGUCGUUGUCGAAAAGAAGGUGCCCUAUGAGGUGAAAGUGCCCGUCGACAAGCCCUACAAGGUGGAGGUAGAGAAACCAUAUCCCGUGCACGUUAAGAUUCCCGUACCACAACCCUACACCGUGGAGAAGAAGGUGCCCUACACCGUCGAGAAGCCAGUGCCCUAUGAGGUUAAGGUGCCCAUCGAGAAGCCCAUUCCCGUCUACACCGAGGUGAAGGUGCCCAUUCACAAAGAGAUUCCCGUGCCGGAGAAAUACCAUGUUGAGGUGCCAAUCUUCAAGCACCACGAACACCACGAAGAACAUCACGAUUACCACCAUGGUCAUCAUUCCCACCACGGACACUACUAA